AUGUCUCCCACUUCUCAGCGUCACACUCGCUCACGCUCUCAUUCUCACUCCCACGCGCCGCCGCAGCCUCAGCCUCAGCCGCAGCUCGUCUCCAUCGACCCCAAAAUCUGGCGAGCCUGCGCCGGCAACUCCAUCACCAUCCCCACUCUCCAUUCUAGGGUUUACUACUUCCCCCAGGGCCACCUCGAACACUCCACCUCCGCUUCGUCUCCGGUUCUUCUCUCUCCUCAGGUUCUCUCCAGGCCUCUCAUUCUCUGCCGCGUCGCCGCCGUGAAAUUUCUCGCCGAUCCCACCACCGACGAGGUCUUCGCCAAGCUCCUCCUCCACCCCGUCCACCCCGGCCUCUCCCCACACCACCGCGAACUCAGCGCCGCCGCGACGGAGGAGGUGGAGAGCGAAAACGACGAUAGGGUGGUGUCGUUCGCUAAGAUCUUGACUCCUUCCGACGCCAACAAUGGCGGCGGUUUCUCCGUCCCGAGGUUCUGCGCUGAUUCGAUUUUCCCGCCGCUCAACUACCAGGCCGAGCCGCCGGUCCAGACGCUCUCCGUCACCGACCUCCACGGCGUCGUUUGGGACUUCCGCCACAUCUACCGCGGCACUCCACGGCGGCACUUGCUCACUACCGGCUGGAGCAAGUUCGUCAAUAGCAAGAUGCUCGUCGCCGGCGACUCCGUGGUGUUUAUGAGAAACUCCGGAGGCGGAGAGAUGUACGUCGGGGUGAGGCGCACCGUGAGGGCCAGCCACGGCGGCGAUUGCGCCAGGUGGAGCUCUCACAUUGGUCUGAAGUCGUCGUCGGAGGAAGGCUCUGGAGGGGACGGGUUUAAGACGAAGCUUUCGGCGGAGGCUGUGGUGGAAGCGGCCGAGAUGGCGGCGCAGGAAAUGCCGUUUGAGGUGGUGUAUUAUCCGAAAGCUGGGUGGGCUGAUUUCGUGGUGAAGGCGGAGGUGGUGGAGAAGGCAUUGAAUGUGUUUUGGACGGCUGGGAUGAGAGUGAAAAUGGCUAUGGAGACUGAUGACUCCUCCAGGAUGACUUGGUUUCAGGGCACUCUGUCUUCGGUGUUUGUUCCGGAGAGUGGGCCUUGGAAGGGAUCUCCAUGGCGUAUGCUUCAGGUUACAUGGGAUGAACCUGAAGUUCUGCAGAAUGCCAAGAGGGUGAGCCCAUGGCAAGUUGACUUUGUCGCAUCUACACCUUCUCUUCAUCCUGCACCUCCAUUUCAUACUGUAUAUCCCCUUACAAAGAGAUUCAGAGCUCCACUGAAUCCUGCGCUGCUGAGGCAUGGAGAGGAAGAAUUCAUGAUACCUAUGACAGGAGCAGCUAAUUCAACAAUGGGGCAGUACAAUGCUUCCUUGUUGAACUAUAACAUUUUUCCUGCUGGCAUGCAGGGAGCCAGGCAAGAUCUAUUCUGUGAUUCCAAUGCGUCUCAUUUGUUUAAUGAAAGUACUCCUCGGAUGUGCACCUAUAAUUCCUUUGGCAACAACAACAUGGCGCCAAGUCUGAAAAGGGUGUCUACUGAGUUGAACAUUGGAAGUUUGAGAUGUUACUCUUUAAGGGAUAAAAACUUAAUACCUAGAAGGGAUGAAGUCUACGAGGAGUAA